AUGUUUCUUAUCUAUAUAAUUCAUCUCAUUAUUUGCUAUCAAUUAUUGGUAGCAUUUCCGACUAAUUUCGGUCGUUAUGACUUAUUUGGAAAUAAAAAUGAUGAUGGAAACACACGAUUCUUUAUUAUUGGUGAUUGGGGUGGAAUACCAUUUCUGCCAUAUAAAACUCCAUCAGAAGUUGCCGUAGCUAAUGCUAUGGGUAAAUUAGGUAAAAAAUUAAAUACCAGUUUUCAAUUAGCAUUAGGUGACAAUUUCUAUUAUGAUGGUGUACAAUCGAUCAAUGAUCCAAGAUUUGAACAUACAUUUGAACGUGUAUUUUCGGCUUCAUCAUUACAAACACCUUGGUAUGUUUUAGCUGGAAAUCAUGAUCAUCGAGGUAAUGUUUCGGCACAAAUUGAAUAUGGAAAAAUAUCAAAACGAUGGACCUUUCCAGAUUAUUUCUAUACAUUCAGUCUAUGGCAAAGUGAUAAACAAAAGAAAUUAGUUGAUUUUGUCAUGCUUGAUACUGUCAUACUCUGUGGUGGAGGAGAUUUAUUCGAUUGGGAACAUACUCCAUUGAAAGGUCCUGAAAAUAAUUUUCUAGCUGAAGUCUAUUGGCAAUGGGUAGAAGAACAAUUUCGUGAAUCAACUGCUCCAUAUUUGAUAGUCAGCGGUCAUUUUCCAGUAUAUUCAGUUGCUGAACAUGGUCCAACUAAAUGUCUUGUUGAUCGUCUUUGUCCAUUACUUCAUCAAUAUCGAGCAACAGCAUAUCUUUGUGGUCAUGAUCAUAAUCUUCAACAUUUGGCUGAUGAUUUAGAUGGAACACAUAUGAAUUAUUUUGUAGUUGGUGCUGCUGAUAUUGCAGAAAAUAAUCACAAUCAUGCCGAUGAUGUACCUGUUGAUUCACUUAAGUAUUAUUGGGGUGGUGAAGUCCUUCUUGGUGGUUUUGGUUUGAUUGAAGUCAAUAAUACUCAAAUGACCUUUUCAUUUAUUGAACAUACAGAACGAACAUUGUAUCAAACAAUAAUGAAACCGCGACUCUAA